AUGUGGAGAAACAACUACCCAACUGGCUUUAUCGACAAAUGCGUAGCAAAGUUUAAACGGGAUAUCAACUUAGCAAGAGAUAGGCAUGCAAAGACUAAAUUCUACUUCUUCAGAUUUCCGUUUAUAAGACAACUAUCGUCCAGGAUCUCAGAAUGCUUCAAAGGGACUGAAUGGCGACCGGCGUUUUACAAUCUAAAAACGGUUGGUCUAUUGUUCACAAAAUCGAAAGAUCAAGUUCCUAAGGGCAAACAGUCUGAAUUGGUUUAUAAAAUCACCUGUGAAUGUGGCAAGUCAUACGUUGGACAAACUAAGCAAUUGCUGCAUAAACGAGUUUACCAACACAAGCAUGAUUGCAAGCCAAUGAACAUUCUGAAACCACAAAAGACUGCUUUAGCUAAGCACCACUUUGACACGGGGCACAACUUCAAUUUUAACAACGUGGAAAUUCUGGACAUGGAAUCGAACUAUCUUAAGAAAAACAUCAGUGAAAUGAUUUGUAAUCAUCUGGAAGACACCAUCAAUAUGAAGAGUGACACAAACAAUCUCAGCAAUUUAUACAAUGGGUCAGGUGAGAGUAGCGACGAACCAUCUUCUAGUAAAUUGAAUACACCGGAAAAAAUAGAAGUCACGAGUAUCUGUGAGGAUACUAAACAAUUGAGUUUGGAGCCCAAUAAAUCGGGAGGAGCUUCAAGUGCCGAAAAACUUCAUCAAGAAAGUACUGACAACAACAUUAAAGUACCCAGCUCUGAUGCGAUUAAAGAGAAUAAAGUUCAGCAAAAUGGAUCAGAAGAAUCAACUAGCACUUUUUUACAACAAAAUUGCAAUAGUUACGUCGAAAAACCUACUUCAGCAUUAGAUUAUGAUCAUGAACAAAAUCAAAGUAAUGUGAACGGUAACUUUGGAAAUUCUUCACAUCAUACUCAAGUUGAUUAUCAUUAUUAUCCGCCUUCAAAUCAAAAUUAUAAUCAACAUCAAUAUGCUGGUUAUUAUAAUUAUAAUCAUCAUAAUUAUCCGUACAAUCCACCCUAUCUACAGUAUAAUGUAGGAGUCGCUUACAAUGUAAGUCACAAUGCGCACAUCCCGACUGACGUUUAUCCUCCGCCGCAAUAUGAUCAAAAUAUUAACAACAAUUAUUACGAUAACCAAAGUAAUAACAACAACUCAAAUAUUAACAAUGAUAAAAAUAAUUCAACGUAUGCACGAUUAUAA